AAGUCCGACAUCUCGGACGACGAGGUGACGGAGCGGGGCGUGGCUCUGAAGCAGGAGACGGUGUGGGAGCGCAUUGCAGCGCUCGUCGACAUUGUGCCGUCCUCAACACGCGCACGCAUUGCGCACACCUUCCGCACGGCCUCGGCAUACGCCUUCUUCGGCGGCCGCCUGGCAGGCAACCUGGUGUGGGUCGUGACGACGAGCGCGCUGCUCGUGGGCCUGCCGUACGCGCUGGCGCUCGAGGACGAGAGCCGCAUCGUGGCGCAGGAGAAGGAGAUGUACCAGCAGCAGCAGGGUGCCCAGAUGCUUGGUGGCGGCGCGCCUCAGCAGCCGGGCCAGGCCCCGGCAGCGCCCGGCGCAGCAGGCGGCAUCCGCCCGCCCGGCUUCUGA